AUGCUUUUUGCAGACGUUUUUGACUAUCGCCUUCUUGCGGCCUCCAACCUUAAAGUCAUCGCAGAGAAUUCUUAUUCUGUUGGUUCUGUUGUGUCGAGAGACACCAUCCCGAGCACAAUUGCUGUUGCAAUUUCUGGUGACACCACUCCAUUACCAAUAGCUGUUUCACUCAAUGAAGAAGAAAAGAUGAAAUAUUUCAAUGAAAGUCCGCAAAUUUUUGAGAAUCGGAGAAUAUCAAUUGUCGAUGGUGACUAUUUAGAAGAUGAUGAUAUUGUCAGAUGGGUCAAAUUAUUAAUCAAGUCUUGGAGAAAUUACGACCAAAGUGGUGUUGCCAAUACAGCAAACCAAAAUAGAACAGAGCGGAAAGAGUGCGCCUUGUUAGUUAUUCUUCCAAAGUGGCUGAACAACAAAUUGAAUAGUAAGAGAGCCGAUUUCAAUGACGACAAUGUUCGCUUUGUUGAGAUGUGUAAUGACUUUUUUGAUAUAUCACCGCUUGGGGACAUUAUUAAUUUGUGUAUUAAUAACAUAGUUGCCGAUAAAACACUCUUUCCUGAUACUCAAAUCAACAAACUGUUUGAAAACAAAAUUCAAAUCGUGACGAAAUUUCUCGAUGCGACUUUAGUUGAAGUCGUCAAAAUGAUUUGCUGGCCGUGGAAGUACUUAAUCCAAUCGAAAAUGUUUAGCGUGGGAAAUAUAGUCGCGGAAAUUAAACGAAGAAUCGAGUCGUACGAUUACAUCACAGUGUGUUUUCCUAAGAGGUUCAGUGUUGUCGACCCACCAUGUUCAAGUUUUUACGUGAAUGAAGUGCCUCAGUUUUACAGAGGUGCUUUAAAGGCAUUCAUAUGUAGUGAAGAAUUUUCAGAGGCCACAACGCGUAAACAACAGAAGAAAAUGCUAUUUGAAGUGUUUGGAAGGUUCGAGUUUGAUUUCUCAAAACUGUUUGCAAAGAAGAAGAGUUGUGGAAUUAAAAGAAAUAUGAAAUUUGAAUGA